AUGUCCGGUGAACCCAUGGCUACGGAGUCGGAGGGAGAGACUUUUGCCUUCCAGGCUGAGAUUGCUCAGUUGAUGAGCUUGAUUAUCAACACUUUCUACUCGAAUAAAGAGAUUUUCCUCCGUGAAUUGAUUUCAAAUGCAAGCGAUGCCCUUGACAAGAUUCGCUACAAGAGUCUCACCGACCCAUCUGUUUUGGAUACUGGGAAGGAAUUGUGCAUCAAAUUGAUUCCUGACAAGGCCAACAGUACGCUCACAGUAAUUGAUACGGGGAUCGGAAUGACGAAAGCGGACCUCAUCAAUAACCUUGGUACAAUCGCGCGCUCGGGAACUAAGGCAUUCAUGGAGGCGUUGCAGGCAGGAGCUGACAUUUCGAUGAUCGGCCAGUUUGGCGUUGGUUUCUACUCCGCGUACCUGGUAGCUGACCGUGUCCAGGUUGUCUCAAAGAACAACGAUGACGAACAAUACAUGUGGGAGUCGUCGGCUGGUGGCUCCUUCACUAUUCGCUUGGACACCGGAGAAGAUAUUGGACGUGGCACAAAAGUAAUUUUGCACUUCAAGGAAGAUCAAACAGAGUACCUAGAGGAACGGCGAAUAAAAGACAUCGUAAAGAAACACUCGCAGUUCAUCGGUUACCCGAUCAAGCUUUACGUCCAAAAAGAGCGAACAAAAGAAGUUUCCGAUGACGAGGAGGAGAAAGAGAUGAAAGAAGAAGAGAAGGAAGAGGACAAACCGAAGGUCGAAGACCUCGAUGAAGAUGAAGAAGAAGAGGAAGGUAAAGACAAGAAGAAAAAGAAGAAAGUAACCGAGAAGUACAUAGACGAGGAGGAGCUGAACAAAACCAAGCCCUUGUGGACGCGGAACCCGGACGAUAUCACUCAAGAGGAAUAUGGUGAAUUCUACAAGCAGCUUAGCAACGACUGGGAAGAUCACUUGGCGGUGAAGCACUUCUCAGUUGAAGGUCAGUUAGAGUUCCGUGCCCUCUUGUUCGUUCCCAAGCGUGCUCCUUUUGACCUUUUCGAAAACAGGAAGAAAAGGAAUAAUAUAAAACUGUAUGUUCGUCGCGUGUUCAUCAUGGAUAACUGCGAAGAGCUGAUUCCAGAAUACCUGAAUUUCGUCAAAGGUGUGGUCGACAGCGAGGAUUUGCCUCUGAAUAUCAGUCGCGAGAUGCUCCAACAGAACAAGAUUCUGAAAGUGAUCCGAAAAAACCUGGUAAAGAAGUGUCUGGAGCUGUUCGAUGAAAUCAUGGAGGACAAGGAAAACUACAAGAAAUUCUAUGAGCAGUUCUCGAAGAAUAUCAAACUCGGUAUCCAUGAGGAUGGUGUCAAUCGGAAGAAGCUAGCUGAUCUCCUGCGUUAUUACUCGACAACCUGCUCAGAUGAGAUGACUAGUCUAAAGGAGUAUGUUUCCCGAAUGAAAGAAAACCAGAAGGACAUAUACUAUAUCACCGGUGAGACUAAGGAAGCUGUUUCCAACUCUGCGUUCACUGAGGUUUUGCGGAAGCGUGGUUUCGAGGUACUGUACAUGCUUGAUCCAAUAGAUGAGUACGCCGUCACCCAGCUUAGGGAGUACGACGGAAAGAAAUUGGUCUGCGUCACAAAAGAAGGCUUACAGCUUCCUGAAGAUGACGAAGAGAAAAAGAAAUUUGAGGAACUGAAGGCUGCCUACGAACCUUUGUGCAAACAGAUCCAGGAUAUUCUUGGCAAACGGGUGGAGAAGGUCGUGGUUUCAAGUCGCCUAACAACCUCUCCGUGCUGUAUCGUCACAUCCGAGUUCGGUUGGUCUGCCAACAUGGAGCGAAUAAUGAAAGCACAGGCCCUUCGAGACUCCAGUACCAUGGGUUAUAUGGCUGCAAAGAAACACUUGGAGAUCAACCCGCACCACAAAAUCAUUCAGUCGCUUAAGGCUCUGUUCGAGAGUGGCGAGUCGAACAAACUAGCAAAGGACCUUGUUUUCCUUCUACACAGCACAGCACUCUUGUCAUCAGGAUUCUCUUUGGAAGAUCCAAAAGUUCACGCCGGCAGAAUUCAUCAGCUUGUCAGUAUGUGCCUCGACAUCCCCGCAGAAGACGAACCAAAGGUGGAAGCCGUGGAUACGACGGCUGCCGCACCCGCAGAAGCUGGGGACGAUGCUGGAAUGGAAGAAGUCGAUUGA